AUGCCCAAUAUCCCUUUUACUGCGCAAUGCUGUUGUUUGGCGGCAUUUACAUCAAAUACCCUUGCCCGGCCUUGUUUUCUGUCCUCCGCUGGUCCUGGAUGGCUUUGCAUCACCAGAAUCCUGAACCAUCGUCCUCGCCAUAAAACACUCUAUUCCUGCCUCUGUCUUCCCUGCCGCUACCCGUCCGCCCCAGUAUCGCCCUGCUCGGCCAUCCUCACCAUCCGUCGUCCUUCUCGCUCGUCCACCGGGGAUCCCUCUCUUCCCCUUGCGCUCCUCCCUUCGCAAUCCCCCUCACAUCCGCUCACCCCCGGCCAGUUGGUGGUCCUGGCCAAUUAG